AUGAGGAUAUUUCUAGUCUCCAGGCCAACAAAAACCGCUGAAGUGCGCAUCUCAGGGCUGGACGACUCUGUUACGCCCGAGGAUGUAAAAGAAGCCGUAGACCUUAACCACUGCCUUGUUGCUCAGGAUCUUCUGUUCCAGAGCAUGGCGCAGUGGGCAGCACACGUGGCAAUCAUCUCCGAGCCCUACCACAUCCCCCAAAGGGACAAUUGGGCAGGGGAUCACGAUGGCUCGGUGGCAGUAAUUGCUCAACUGCCACAAAUGGCUCAGCACCAUUGGAAACAGUGGAGAAAGGCAAAGGAGUACGUGGCUGUGCUCCUUGGGGGCAUUACAGUGAUCAGCGCCUAUUUUUCUCCAAACAGAAGUGUGGCUGAAUUUGAAGCCUUCUUAGAAGAAAUAGGACUGGUCAUUGGUCGGUGCAACCCGCGCCCCGUGCUAGUUGCCGGUGACCUUAACGCUAAAUCCGUGAUGUGGGGAUCGCCGUCAACGAACGCACGUGGUCGAGAAUUGGAAGAGUGGACAGUCACGGCAGGUCUGGCCGUGCUAAAUCGAGGCUCAGUCGAUACCUGCGUACGGCAACGGGGAGGCUCCAUUGUCGAUGUGACAUUUGCCAAUGCUGCUCUUGCGCGCCGUAUUCAGGAAUGGGAGGUGCCCGAAAGUGUGGAGACAUUAUCGGAUCAUCGUUACAUACGAUUCAAUGUCUCUUCACUCUCGGAUACUCAGAACGGUCCCAUUAGCAAAUCUUUGCCGGGCGAUGGACCACGAUGGGCAUUAAAACGCCUUGACAGGGAGGCGCUUCUUCUUGCCGCCGAGGUGCAGGCGUGGAACCCGGUCCAAGGGGACCCUACUGAUGUAGAGGCCGAGGCUAAAUGGCUGGGCACGACCAUUACCAGCAUCUGCGAUGCCGCAAUGCCUCGAACUAAGCCCCCUUCCUACUAG